GGACAUGGUUCCGGGUUGCACUGUUUAUUUUCCAGUUAGCUGCUUCCUAGCUGGGCUGUAGUAGUCAAUAUGUACUCCCACGGCUCAGAAAGUUUCAUUAAACAAGCACGGGGGAUCCAGGAGCCUGAGCUGCAGAAGUUUUACAGCAGAUUAAUCAAGCUGCUCCAGGGAAAAGAGCUCGGCCAUGAGACUAUUGACUCUUUGCAAAGGCUGCACCUCAUUCUCUCUGCUACAAAGUAUACCAGAACGUUGCCCACAGACCUUCAAAACAGGCUUGUGUCGCUCCUUUCUUCACCUGUGGAGCAGCUUCAGGUGUUGAGCUCAGCUGUGCUCAGGGAGACGCUGCCCCCUGCUGGCCAGGAAGCCAACUACAGCCAGGACAUCAGCAGUCAACUGAACUGCCACACCGCUUCCCUCCUGCUCGCUCAGGCUGGAUCCCAAGACAAUCUGUCAUCUCUUUGCGCUUUGCUCCUGCGCAGUCUGGAGAACCGACCAUCAGAUGGACCGAAUCACUCAGCCACGCGCACCCUGCCAAUUGUCAACACCAUCCUCACACACAGCCCUCAAUGCCUGACUGAAGAUCAGGUGACCCUCCUUAGUAAAAAGCUGGUCGAUUGGCUGCGAUAUGCAAGCACCACCCAAGGCAGCGGUGCUUCCUCAGGAGGAUUUUUCACAGGAUCCAGGUCACGACAGCCGCUGCCAAUCGCAGAGCUAGAUGGUACGGUGUCAGGAGAUUUCUUCACCGUGCUGUGUGUAGGUCAAGGUUUCACUGAAGACCAGUGGAUGAACGUCUACUCCUUUUCCGUGCUGCGCCAUUGGCUUCUCACCUUCCAAUCUGUGUCUAGUGGCUCCAUACCGGACAUUGAUGAUAGGUCGGAGAUCGACGGAUCUGUGGUUUCCAUGGUUUCCGCCACUUCCUCCUCCAGCCGCUUGCUGCCUCCGAAGGAGCGUCUAAGGGAAAAGGCUUUCCAGUAUUGCCAGCGCCUCAUUGAACAGUGCGAUCGCAAAGCCCAGAAAAGGACAGAUACAGAUCUCCAGAAAGCUUGUCUGAUAGAGGCGGUGUGUAUCCUGGACUGUGUGUGUGUAGAGGAUGCCUCCAUGGUCUACCGAGCGUUCCCGUGCAUUAAGGCGCUCUUCGGUCGUCUCAGCUCAGACUUGUCAUUUGCCAGGGUCUUGCUGCCCGUUGCGCAGUUCUACCUUAAUCAUGGUGAAAUGGCUGCGGUAGACUGUGAGGCCAUGUGGAGACUGGUGUUUGGUCGCUUUCCCGCCGAGCUCUUCAACGACCCAUUCCUGGCACACGAGCUUCUGCGUUUCCUCCGACUAAACCUCGAGAGUUUGCAGCUCCAAGUUCCCCAGUACACGCGACAUUUCCCAAACCUGCUCAAGUUCUUGGCGUGGGACAGCCCUGCAGUGGUUGAUGACUUUGUUGAUCUUCUGCCCUCUCUGGUGACAUCUGGAACUGCUUUGGAGCUGCUUCACACUUUGCUGGACCUUCCCUGUCUCUCUGCUACUCUGCUUUUGCAGCUCAGAUCUAUGUGUCUGCCCAUUUCCGAAUCAGGAGGGCGCAGCCUCGCAUCAAUGGAUGCAUUCCGGAAUCCGUCUUUCCGAGGGCUGUUCCUCUUUCUACUUCGAGGAGAAGCAGGUUCAGGUGACACAAUUGACCGACUUAACACUCUUCUCGAGCUGCUGUCCGAGGCUGCUGAUUGGCCGAGAGUCGUUCAGUGUGCCCAGACUGUCCCUAUUUUGUUGCACAUUUUCUUCAACACCAUCAUUACGGUGGCUGAUAAAGCACUUUUAGGCCAAGUGAUCCUGGUCCUGCUGGAGAGAAGCAGCCUCCUUCUCAACAUCCCUAAGUACAUCAUAGAGAUACACAGGGUGUUCAGCCGCCAGCUGCUAAGGCUGUGUAAGCUCCACCCUACUCUGGUCAUGGACCAAUCCCACGAGCUGCUGGAUUUUGCAGGGGCCACUUCCAACGUAUACAGCAAAGAAGAAAUCUACACGCACGUGGUGUGGGCGCUCGGAGAGUAUCUGUCUGUGUCGUAUGACUCUCGUUGCUCCGUAAAGCUCAUCACUUCCUGUUUUGAGGCGCUCGAAGCAGUGCUGUUUGAGAUCACGUCAUCUGCCCCGCCCCCAGGAACAGGCUGCCCCGCCCCUCGGGUCAUCACCACCCUAAUGAACGCCCUCGCUAAGCUGGCGUCACGAUCACAUGACUUGAUCCCCAGGGUGUCGCUCUUCCUCUCCAAGAUGAGAAACGUAUCCAGAAGUGGGUCCGUUUCCUGGUGCGCUGACGAAGAGGACCUUGUUUCCAUAGUAACUCUUGGGGAGGAGUUGUGGUCGCUGCUGAAGAUGCCCGGUGUGGCUCAAAGUGUCCUGAACCCGCCGCCGCACGUCGCCACGCCCCAGUGGCACCGAGACACUAACGUUGCCAUGCCACUGCAACUGCGAACGCUCACCAGACUCACGCAGGCACACGCAUCACAUGCACAACACACACCUGCUUCUCCAUCAGCACACACAGGCACAUAAU